AUGGCUACUUCGAGGCGGGAGACGUGGCAGCACAUGCUGCUGACUCCGAAUCCUACCCAGGAACUGGUGGAGUCUUUCUGUCCAGAGCUUUGGUCACAGAUGUCACGGACGGCCGUCUCUGCCCGCACUGUCGCCUUACACAAGACAGGCCGAUCCUUCGCGGUGAUCCAAGGGCUGGCCUUGGAUGCCUUUGACUCCCUGGAUGAUCGCAAGAAACUUGCAGGUGCCGCGCGCCAGAUCCAGGAGCUCUGCGAUCGUAGCUUGGAACUGAUCCGGGCUUCCUCCGUGCAUGAAGAGGAAGAGGAGGAUGAGCCUCCCGAUGAGGGCGGGGAGGCAGAAGUGGACAGUGACUUGGGAGCUGAAGAGAUGCUUCUGACUUUGUUGAAAAUCAGUACCAGCAUGAGCUUCUCUGCCGCCGCCGACAGGACGUCCGCCAUCCGACAGGUGCGCCGAACUGCGCAGCACUUACUGCGCCGCUGCGAAGUGAGUGGAGCGUAG